GUUCCCGCCAAGGAUCUGUCAAAAUUAGCAAAAUCGGGAAUAACUUUCGUGUAUAUUUUGGAUUUUACUUUAUCAUAUUUUAAUUUUAGUUCUAAAAAAAUAUCAAUAUGUCGAAACCGGACACAGAGUCCUUUAUAAAUAGGAAUCCGGAUGAAAGUGACGAAGAUUGGAUAGCCGCAAUGGACAAUCUGUGUUCCAAGUUAAAUGUGGAUCCAGUGGCUGCAGCGAAAUCAAAGGAGUCCUUUUCGGAAAUCAAGCGAAAUUAUACAUUAGAUGGAGAUGUUUUACAUUGGAUGGCAUGUGCAUUAUAUGUUGCAUGCCGUACAUCAAUCACCCCCACAGUGCAAUCAGGUAAAGCAGUGGAGGGAAACUGCGUCAGCCUCACUAGAUUGCUAAGACUAUGCAACAUAAGCCUUAUACAAUUUUUUAACAAAAUCAAGAAUUGGAUGGAGAUGGCUUUGAUGUCGACAGACUUCAAGGACAGAAUAACAAGAUUAGAACAUAAAUUUGCUGUGUCAACUGUACUUUUUCGUAAAUUCCAACCUAUUUUCCAAGAACUCUUCUCUGGCUUGACAAAUGAGCCACCUAAAAAUAAUUCUAAAAGCAAAAAACACAAGUUACAUCCAUGCACAACAAAUGCUCUAUUUGAAUUUACAUGGUGUCUGUAUGUUUGUGUAAAAGGGGAAUUUCACAACUCUGCCGACGAUCUAGUUGAUAUGUAUCAUGUCCUACUAUCAUGUCUAGAUUUUGUAUUUGCUAAUGCCUAUAUGUCAAGAAGGAAGGAUUUAAUUAAUCCUGCUUUUAAAGGUUUACCAGAGGAUUGGCAUGAAGAUGAUUUUGAUUUGCCAAAGAAACCACCGUGCAUAAUAUCAGUGUUAUGUGAAAUCAAAGAAGGCUUAGCCGUUGAAGCUGCUACUAUGAAAGAAUACAGCUGGAGGCCUGUAAUUAAGACAUUCUUUGAGAAAGGGAUUUUAAAGGGUAACAGCGAUCAACUAACGGGCUUAUUGGACAUCGGGAGCUUUGACGCAAAUCUGAAAUCAUUGAACAACCUAUAUGAAACAUAUGUAUUGAGCGUAGGAGAGUUUGACGAAAGAAUAUUUUUAGGUGAACAUGCCAAUGAACAGAUUGGCACAAAGAAUAAGGUAUCAGGAGAUGAAAUAUCGCAAGUCAUUGCAUCGUUUGGUCCAAGCAGCCGCGCUUGUCCCGACACGCCUCUCACUGGACGGCGUUAUUUGGCCCAUCGUGAAGAGUUAACGCCAGUGUCGGAAGCCACAAACAGCCUGGCGCGCCUCGCCGCUUUCCUAAGGCACACGAGACCGAAACCAUCGCCACAUCUGCUUCGAUUCUUCGCUGACUGCGGUGUCAGUGAAGAGGCCAUAAAUUCGAACGUAAUCCAGCCGUGCCAAGGCUGGCAGGAGCAGUUCGCCAAUAGCCUCAAGGAGUCCAACUGCAGCAACAAAACCAUCGGCUUCCGAUGCAACAUGGUCACGUGUUUGUACUUCAAGGUUUUGGAGCAUAUAAUCAGAGAGGAGCACAGAAAAAAGCCGCAGUUAUCUUUAAAGAUUCUUUUAUCCCAGGAGACGUACCAGCUCACAGUGUACGCGUGCUGUACGGAAGUAGUAUUGCACGCGUACGGAGUUCACUCGUUGAGGUUCCCACGCGUGCUACAAAUAUACGGGCUCAGUGCGUUCCACUUUUACAAGAUCAUUGAGUUACUGGUGCAAGCUGUUGUAGAGAAACUUAGCAGGGAUGUUAUCAAGCAUCUUAAUGCGGUAGAAGAACAAGUAUUAGAGUCUCUGGUAUGGACGUCAGACAGUCCGCUUUGGGAGCAACUCACAAAGACGCCUGUCCCAGCAUCCACUGAUGUUUAUGUACAGGAGUCCCCCAAUAGCCGGAGGAAUAUAAGUGGUCUCCAAUCGCCUGUGUCUGCAGUAAUCGAUUGUUAUAUAACGCCAAUGGCGGAUCAGGCGAAGAAGCAACUGUUCAAAGACAAUGUUAAACCGGGGCAGUCACUAUUAGUACAAACAAAUAAUGUGAAACAAGAAGUGUCACCAUCCACGUCGCCGCCCCACGCGUCUAGUUCGGAGAGCACGCCCAAUACCACUCCAAAGAAGGCCAACAACUCCUUAAUACUCUUCUUUAGAAAGUUCUACAGUCUAGCAGUGGUGAGAAUGAACGAUUUGUGCACGCGGCUUGGCUUAAUUGACGAGGAGCUGAAGCGCAAGAUCUGGACCUGCUUGGAAUACUCUGUGAUGCAUCAGACUCAGCUUAUGCGGGAUCGACACCUGGACCAAAUUCUAAUGUGCGCUGUCUACGUUAUUUGCAGGGUAUCGAACACAGCUACAAAUCAAGUGGAAAGAACAUUCGCGGAUAUCAUGAAGUGUUAUAGACAGAGGCCGCUAGCAGACAGCCAUGUCUAUAGAUCCGUUUUAAUCAACAGGGGCAACGAAGAAGAAUCACCCGAGAGAGGAGACUUAAUAAACUUCUACAACAAAGUUUAUGUGAAAUGUAUGCAAACCUUCGCGCUCCGAUUCACGGGAAAGCAUAGAGAUGAAUGCAGUCUAUCCCCAUUGCCAGCGGGUAGGGCCGGGCGUGCGGGAAGGUCGCCGGGUGGACAACGCGUGUCUGAAAGGCACCAGUUAUACGUCAAACCGCUCACCACUCCGCCUAACCAUCAGCAUCACCUUACCUAUCGCUUUAGCAGAAGCCCCGCUAAGGAUCUCCACGCAAUCAAUAACAUGGUAUCCUGCGAAGUGGGCGGCAUCAAGCGGGCAGUGGAAGGCAGUGACGUGGUAGUGAAGCGCGCUCGGUACACGGCCGCCGGCGUGGCGCGCAAGUUGCAGGGGCUAGUUAGCGACCGGCAAGCGGUGUGAUGACACGCACUGAUAUAAAACUACCCGCCAUAUUUACACGAGGCAUCCAAAUGAAGUUCAGUCAUAUUUAUUGUAAUACUGUAAAAUGUUGCUUUUAGCUCUCUAGGGUGUAUUCUUUUUCUUUUACAAUCGUUUCUAUUCGACUACGAAAAUGACGAAUUUUUAAAAAUCAAUUACAAAAUAUCGAAAAAAAAAUUUUACGUCACAACAAUCACACGGACCUGCAUUCAGCUAAGUCAGGGAUUUUGUAUAACAAGCGUAUCGCACACUUAUAAGGGUGACAUACCAUGAGCGGUUUAAUGAGUAGGUAAUAAAAGAGUACAUCGCUGAACUAAAGGCCUCUUCCCAACUGGAAAUGAGAUACCGAUAGUGAGUGGUCAUAAUUUUCUAGUGGUGCGCGUGCUAGCGCGGUAAAUGCGCGCGGAUUUAUGGCUUGUUAUAUAAAACCUUUAACGCAUUGAUUGGUGCUACUUGAGCGUUUCUUACAUUAUUCCUAUUGUUUUUACUAUUUAAAUCAGUAAUCCUUGAGAAAGCUGGACAAAUAUAUACACAACAUGUAAUAUUUAAAGGUAAUUUAGUAAAAUUAUGCACUUUUUGCAAUUCACAAAAUAUAUGACAAAAAUCAAAUUAUAUAAAUGAUAUAAAAAAUGAAUAUUCAACUGCGACUGCGUCAUAAUCAAACAUAUCGUCUUCGAUAGUCCCAUACCGCAUAACUAACAUUAUGAAAUAAGUACUAUGCAUUACUGUCUUCUUUUUUGCACGCAAGAGACCGUAGUUUAUUCAUAAGCUAUGUGUUUUCUACCAGGGCUAUAUGCAAAAAAUAAGUCGCAGAAAGUCGUAUUUUAUAUUUCACUUAAAAACAAUAUAUAAAUGUAUAUAUAUAUACAUCCUGUUAUCUAUAUGGGCACGUAAAGCGAUCGACCCUCGCCGAUUCUGUAACUGAAGCCCGUGCCCGCUACAAGAACAAUAUUGAUUUAAAUCUGCUUAAAUGAAUAGUUCAUUUAAGCAGUAAAUUGAUUUUAAAACUAGUCCAUUAGUUGAGAGAAAAUCGUGCAUAUAUUCCAGUUUAAACGUUUAUUCGGUUCCGGACAGUCUCAAUGCGAAAAACUUGCGAUUAUUCCGAAUAAAAAAGAAAAAGUUUUAUAGAUAAAUUUUACAUCUUACGAAAUACAGGUGCGAUUUUGAAUUGAGCUGUGAAUAUUCGAUAUGAAUGAAUAGAAAUAGAAAAAGCAAGUUUUCUUACGCUGUGUUAAAAAGUGUACGCUUGUACGAAUUUAACAAGGCUAAAGUGCUUGAUGUUUGAUUGCUAGAUAUCCGGUAUGGGUUUAUAAUAACGAUAUGCAAUACGAAUACUUCCAGUAUUCGCAUAGAUAUCGAAGCAGAAAUUGUUGCUAACGCUAUAAACAGCCACUUGAUUAGACAACACAAUUGAAGUAUAUUGAUCUCAUAUCUUAUUUAUGUGGACGUUUUUUGUGUUAAUAUGCCAUAUUAUCUAAAGUUGCUCAUUGCUAUAUUAUAGUUAGUAAGUUUUAAGAGUUUUGUAACGGCUG